CUGCUUACAUUGUUGAUUUGCACGUCGGUCGAGCAGCUGGUCAAGCACAAUUAGAAAUUAAUAGUCGCUAUAUAAAGAUAAAGUGUCGUACAAAGUCGCGGCCAUGGCGAAGGAAGAGUCAAGCGCAAGGCGAGAGUCCUGCACCGAGCAAUUGCAAUUUGUGCGCGACAAACUGCAAAUAUUUCAAUCGAAAAUGCUGGCUGAAUUUGAUCAGCGGAUCUCGUGCAUGAUUGAGGAUGUGCUGCAGGACAUGCGACAGCAGGAGUUGCGGGCCCACGAAUUUCGUCACUUUGACAAGCACAAGGAGAGAGGGAACAAUGCGACAUCCACUUGGCACAAUCGCAAACUCCAAGUCACAACAAACCCUGACGUCACUGAUAAUCAAAAUUGGCCAGCGGAUGUCCAAAAUGAGAAAACGACGCCAGCGCAACAGCAACCAAAACAACAGCCCCAACAACAACAAAGUGAGCAACCAAAACAAAGACGACGUCAAUUGCCGGAUAAAGUGUUUGUGGCGCGCGAAUCGUAUUUAACGGCGCUGCUACAGGUGGAACACAUGCGCACCAUCUAUCACAUCUUCUACAUUAUUCUGGUCAUGUUUCUGCUGAACGUUGUGUUCUACGACUACUUUGUGGAGGGUCGCAUCAACUUGGGCCUGGGCACUUUUCGUGGUGGCCUUAAGCGUCUGCAUUGGGUGAUGGGUGUCUGGCUGCUGGAGCAUGUCUUUGUCCUGGCGCUCUACUUUGCAUUCCAAGGCUGGGCGCUUGUGCGUGCUAAGCUGCAAGCACACGCUUCACUGCAACGCUUCUGGUCCCAUAGCUGCCUCAUCAUGUACAUCAGCGCCCAGCUGGUCUUUGGCUAUGUCUCCACAUCGCUCUGCUUGAAGUUUCGGCUGCCCUUUGUCAGCGCCUGCGUCUUACUCCUCGAGAGCACGCGUCUGCUAAUGAAGAUGCACGCUUUCGUACGCUUCAAUGCCGAACGCGUACUGCGGGGCAAGCAAAAGUUGGAUGACGAAAGCGACACAGCGCAGACAGCGGGAAGUGGUCGCCCCUAUGUUCCGCCUCUGCAUUGCUAUGUCUACUUCCUGUUCGCACCCACGCUUAUCUAUCGCGAUAGUUAUCCACGUACUGCUCACAUACGCUGGAAGUUUGCGGUGAGCCGUCUCCUCGAGAUUGUGGCUGUGGCCUUUCUCUAUGCCUUCAUCCAUGAGCGGCAUAUUCACGAGCAUUUCGGACAGUUUGGCAAGGAAACACUGGGUGCGUCCCAAUUGAUUGUCAAGCUUUUUGGCAUGAUGCUGCCUAGUGCCGUAAUCUUCCUCUGUGGCUUCUAUAUGAUACUGCAUUCGUGGCUAAACUUUACGUCCGAACUGUUGCGCUUCGGCGAUCGCAUGUUCUACAAGGAUUGGUGGACUUCGCACACAUACGACGGCUACUAUCGCAACUGGAAUGUGGUUGUGCACGAUUGGCUCUACGAAUAUGUUUACCGCGAUGUUUAUACCCACAUCUUUAAGGGCUCCAAGGUUGCUGCCUCGCUGCUGGUGUUCAUGAUCUCGGCGUUGGUCCACGAACAAGUUUUGGGAUUUGCUCUACAAGUCUUCUUCCCCGUUAUGUUUGUGUUCUUCGGCGUUGUGGGCGUGGCGCUGGUGUUUCUUAUGCGCAGUGCACCAAAAACACUGGGUAAUAUAUUCCUGUGGUUCUCGCUCAUUGGCAACGGCAUGUUGAUCUCACUGUACGCCAUGGAGUAUUAUGCGAAAAAGAACUGUGACCAUCUGCGCUACGAGAGUUGGUCAGAUCAUCUAACGCCAGCGAUAUGGCGUUGUUACCAUUAGCCAAUUUGGCUGAGCCAACGAAUUUGUUAGUCUAUGCUUUUAAUCUGUACACUUUGGCGUACAUAUGUUUUACAUUUAUUUUAAGGUAAUAAAACAUUAUGAGAACUA